GGUUUAUGUAAACAAAUGUCAAGUUAGCAAAAUGUCGACUUCUGCCACUCCGGUAACAGCGAUAUAUAAUAUGUGCUAGUGGGAAAUAUUGCAAUACAGUCUUUACCAUUGUAAACUGUUUUUACAGUUUCAAUCUGUUUAUCUUUCAAAACAAGCCGCCUUUCUUAACAAUGGCGUGGUGACGACAAUGGCGAUUCCAGAAACCACCGUCGGUGCAGAUAAAGCACCAGUGGUUUGUGCGGAUAAAUCUCCAAGUUGUGCUGCUUUAGGAUUAGAUAUAUGUACCAAUCCGCUUUACCAUGCGUAUGUGGUCGCUAGCUGUGCAGGUCAUUGUAAACUUUGUGAAGGGGGUAUUACGGUAGCAACAACAGUAAAUCCCAAGACAACAUCAUUGGUCCCAACAACUAAAAUUAUUACUGCACACGCAACAGCAGCAGCAGCUUGUGUUGAUACCAUACCAAACUGUGAAUUCUACAGUAUCAAUGAUUGUGGCAGCUAUCCACAAUGGGCAAAAAGCAACUGUCAAAGAUAUUGUAAUCUAUGUCCAAGUUGUGUCGAUAAACUAACUAAUUGUGAUAAUUUCGAUGCAAGUGUAUGUGUCACCCCAAAUUAUGCCCAGUGGGCUAAAGAAAACUGUGCCAGAAAAUGCAACAUGUGUGAUAAAGGCUGCUACUAUAACGGUACAUUGUUUGAAGAGGGGGCUCAGAUUCAAGAUGGUUGUAAAUUUGUUUGCAUCUGUCACGAUGGAAAUACUGGUCGGUACGGAUGCACAUCAUUGUGCUUCGAAUAUACCUUACCAUCAGAAUGUACACUUCUACCACCUAAACCUGGUAAAUGCUGCAAAACCCCAAGCUGUCCUGCUAACAUACAUCUGAAUACUACCGGUGGAAACUUAAUAGGAUAAUUAUUAGCAAGAGGACAAGAUAACAUUUCAUUGGACACUACUUUUUUUAUUAUUGUACUUGUUUGGGCUAAUUAACAUUUGAUUUUUUAAAAGAAUUAUUCUGUAAUACAAGUGUUUU